UCCUAUCUUGGGGUAAUUCUCGGGAGAUUGUAAUAUCUAUAAAAAAGACUUCUAUAGCAACGGAGCCACAACUUCAGCCAUGUAGCCCUCCAGACGGCGAUAUUAUGGUACAAACGGAACUAAAGUGAAAUUGUUAAUUACAAGAGAGGGUUUAGAUCCAUAAAUCCGGCUUUGUGGCGACAUUGAAUAAGUCAAAACAUACGAUAAAAGAAACUGUGUGAAGGAUCAAGACAAAAUGCCAUAAAGAUGAAAACCAAUUCUACGCUCAGCCUCGUUAUGUCAGAGGUAACUCCUGAUACAAAAGAAUUUAAUAGGAAUGGUGUGAAUAAUAAUUCAGACGAAGUUGCUAUGUACACAUCGUUAAAUUCACCUUGUGUCGAAGACAAUGUUUCCUCAGUACACGAGUCUACCCGUGCUGGCAAUAACACAAACUUUGGCACGAGCAACCGGAGAAAAUCAGAAACAACACAAGGCCGUGGGAGUAUAAGAAGACUAGAAAGCAUCGAUGAGGACUCUGAAUGUUUUGUACCAGCAAUUCGCAGUACAUCUAUCUCAACUAUGAGUUUAUCAACACCAUUUCAAGGUUUUCAAGUUCCAGAGACUACAAUUGUGCCGGGGGAGGUCAACGAAACAAAACAAAAGAAAAGGGUUUCGGUAUCUAUUCGUGGAGCCAUACCAACUUUACCAAAAUUUCUUGCAGUCAUUUGCUUGCUUUGCAACAUAAUUUUACCUGGAUUAGGUACUGUUCUGUCCGGCUUCUUUGCAUUUUGUCUGUCCGGUGACGACUCGUUCAUCGAUCGUGCCACAAUUCUGUGCAUCAACUGUUUCGUGGGCUUAGCGCAACUAAUGACAGUCGUGUUCCUCAUGAUUGGUUGGAUCUGGAGUAUCGCUUGGGGGUGUACAUUCGUCGGUUUGUCUGCAAAAUACGGGAAAAAGCGAACUUCGCCGACGACAAUGGUGGAUGAAAGUACUAUAUCCUAACCAAAAGGAAUGCGACAACACAACAUUGGCUCUCCACCAUAAAGUCGACUGCGUCAGAUGUACCACGGUUUCCUCUAGGCAUAUUUGACAAAGUUUUGGGCAGCCUCAGAAAUGCAACGUUUGUCGUCCAAAAUACUCGCGCAACGUUGCCUUGAUGAACACACAAAAAUUAAUUGCUUUUGUUAAUAUCAUCAUAGCACCUAGUGAUUCCACAACAUUUUUAAAGAUGAGGAGUGUUGUGGCGUAUAAAAGUACAACUCACGGAAGACAUAAAAGCAAAGCUUACACAACCUUAAGAUUUCGCUAACAUUGAUAGAAAAUGCAGAAAUUUACGAUGCAGCUGACAUGUGGCGAUUUGCAAGAAACUCCGACUGGACCAGCGUUCUCCCCAAUUACCAAGUGUUGUUAAUCAAAUUCCUUUCUUUAUGUUAUAAGGGUGCUUUGUACAAUAGAAUUCAUAAGAGGGAGUUUUGCAAGCCCUUAAGGGUGUACUGACAUCUGUUGCUAAGGAAAAUUGAAUAUAGCAUAAAA